AUGUUCCAUCCUCCUUACUCCCCUGCUUCUUCCUUUCUAAUUUUUUCCUUCUGUGUCUUUAUCAGUACCCCCCCCCCCCUUACCUCUUUAUUUCUUUUUCCUUCUGUGUUUUUUUUCCUUCUCUUGUCUUUUAUUUUGCCUUCUCCCACUUACACCCCUGGUCCUCCUUUAUUUCUUUUUUUCCUUCUGUGUCUUUAUCAUGCCCCAUCCCCACUCCCGCUUCUUCUCUCUUUCUUCUGUGUCUUUUUCCUUCCUUUAUCAUUUCCUUUUCCCCUUCUUGUCUUCUUCUUCUCUCUUUCUAAUUUUUCCUUCUGUGUCUUUAUCAAUGCCCCAUCCCCCUUACUCCCCUGCUUCUUCUCUCUUUCUAUUUUUUCCUUCUGUGACUUUAUCAAUGUUCCAUCCCACUUACUCCCCUGCUUCUUCUCUCUUUAUUUUUUUCCUUCUUUUUUUCCUUCUGUGUCUUUAUCAAUCAUCCCUCUAUUUUUACUCCCCUUUAUCCUUCUCUUUCUAAUUUUUCCUUCUGUGUCUUUAUCAAUGCCCCAUCCCCUUCUUUUUUUCCCCUUUAUCAAUGUUCCUUCUUCUCUUCUUCUCUCUUUCUAUUUUUUUCCUUCUGUGACUUUAUCAAUGUUUCCAUCCCCUUACUCCCCUGCUUCUUCUCUCUUUCUUUUUUCCUUCUGUGUCUUUAUCAAUGCCUUCUCCCUUUUUUCCUUACACUCCCCCCUUCUGGUCCUGUCUUUAUCAAUACCCCUUUACUCCCCUGCUUCUUUCUUUUUUUUUUUUCCUUCUGUGUCUUUAUCAAUCCCUUACUCCCCUGCUUCUUCCUCCAUCCCCUUCCUUCCCCUGCUUCUUCUCUCUUUCUAUUUUUUCCUUCUGUGUCUUUAUCAAUGCCCCAUCCCCUUUCCUCCCUGCUAUUUUUUCUUCUCUCUUUUCUCUCUUUUUUCCUUCUCCCUUUAUCAACCCAUCCCCCUGGUCCUCCCUUUUGCUUCUUUUUUCUAUUUUUCCUUCUGUGUCUUUAUCAAUACCCCGUCCCCUUUACUCCCCCUGCUUCUUCUCUUUUCUUUUUUUCCUUCUGUGUCUUUAUCAAUACACCCUGCUCCCCAUUUCUUUUUUCCCCUUUUCUUCUCUCUCCCCCUUUAUCAAUGCUCCCCCUUCUUCUCUCUUUCUAUUUUUUCCUUCUGUGACUUUAUCAAUGUUCCAUCCCACUUACUCCCCUGCUUCUUCUCUCUUUCUAAUUUUUCCUUCUGUGUCUUUAUCAAUGCCUUCUCCCACUUACACCCCUGGUCCUCCUUUAUUUCUUUUUUUUUCCUUCUGUGUCUUUAUCAAUGCCCCAUCUCCCCCCCUUUCUAA